AUGCCUCUAAUAAUCAUUUGUGGGACACCAGUUAGUGGGAAAACGACACGUGCUAAUGAAAUCAAACAAUUUUUUGAAGAGACCCAUAAAAAACAGGUGGAAAUAGUGUCGGAACAAGAAACGAUAGUAAAUCUAGGUUAUGAAAAGAAUUCUGCUUACUUAGAUUCACAAAAGGAAAAAAGGAUUCGAGGAUACUUAAAAUCAGAAGUUAUACGACUUAUUGGGAAAGAUAACGUAGUGAUUUUAGAUGGAAGCAACUAUAUAAAAGGUUAUCGUUAUGAACUAUAUUGUGCAUCAAAAGCAUCUAAAUCAACACAAUGUACACUAUACACCAUCCGGAACCAUCAAGAGGCUUGGGAAGAUAAUUUAAAAAGAUUAAAUAAUGCAAAUAAUGAAAAUAAUAAGAAUGAACCCUACACUGAAGAAGUUUUUAAUGCAUUAACAAAGUUAAGAUUUGAAGAGCCUAAUUCAAAUAAUAGAUGGGACAGUCCUUUAUUUACUGUUCAACCCCAGGAUGAGUUCGAUUUUGAAGCACUAUAUAAGGUUCUCUUCGAGAAGAAACCUCCUCCACCAAAUAUGAGUACACAAAAUCCACCACUUACUUCAACAAAUUUUCUAUAUGAGCUCGAUAAAGUUACACAGGCAAUAUCAAAACAGAUACUAGAUUCAAAAAAUCUAAAUCUAGAAAUAGUGAAAUUUCCAGACUAUCCAGGCUGUGUCUUGGAAGUCGGUGUCAUGCAAGCAGUGAACCCUCAAAAGCUAUUAAGAUUAAGAAGGCAGUUCUUAACAUACGCCAAAAUGAACCACUCAAACGAAGAUGCCAGCAAAAUCGGCAGAUAUUAUAUACAAUAUUUGAAUAAAACAUUAACUGAUUAUUUUUGUUAUUUUACUUCAUACACCCAUUUUAUUUUUUAC